AUCCUCAGAAUACUCUUGUACUCGAGGCGUGGGCCGCGUGGCACUGGGUCUGUGCACGUUUGGCAGAAGCUAUCGUCCCAUGGACGGCGUGAGCAUCGGUGCUGCCGUGGUGCUUCUUAUGUUGCGUGUGUGAAAGGGAGAGGGGAGAGGGGAGAGAUGGCCUGCCUUCACGAUCACAACUGCGAGGACCACGAUUGUUCUUCCGAUUGGUCUCUGUACAAGCACAUAGACCUCCCUAAGGUGUCGGCUUUGAAUGAAGCCGUAUCAGGAAGUGUAAAGUCAGUUUUUAAAGCUUGGGAGCAACGUCUGGAUUCCUCCAUGCAGGGCUAUUUGGAAAGCAAUGAAGGUGACCCGGAGUUACUUGUUUUUAUCCCGUUUACUUCCGAUGUUAAGAUUAAGAGUAUUUCAGUUGUUGGUGGUGCUGAUGGGACAAGUCCUUCAAAAAUGAGAGCGUUCCUUAAUCGAGAUGGUAUCGACUUCUCAGAUGCUCAGUCUAUGCAACCUGUUCAGGAGUGGGACUUGGUAGAAAAUUUUCAAGGAUUGUUGGAAUUCCAAACGAGAUAUUCUAGAUUUCAAGGUGUAGGCAAUCUCACUUUGCAUUUCCCUGAAAAUUUUGGUGCUGAGACAACUCAGAUACACUAUAUUGGCUUGCGCGGUGAAGCCACUCAGUUAAAGAGGGAUGUUGUUGCAACAAUUGUUUAUGAACUUAUGCCUAACCCAUCAGAUCACAAGACGCGGGCUGAGAGUGGCGGGGGCCUUUCGCACUGGAGUGAACAGUAAAUAACUGGCAACAACGAUGCUUCAUGUUGGAAAAGGGCUCGGGUUCUUCUUUAAUGUACUCUUAUGUAUGUAGAUGCAGAAAAUAUGUCCGACUUCUCAACAUUUUAUGACAUUAUUAUUUUUUGACUCGAUGGAAUCCAAACAUUAUGGUGAUGUUGAUAAAGAAAGAUGAUCAAAAGGAGUUUGAAAA